AUGGAUCUGGAAUCACCCGCGUCUCCAGGUUGCGAGGGUCCGGGAAGUUCUUCGAAUACACCUGUCGUCUCAGGAUUUGUAGAGCCAGAACAUGUAGAAGAGGAAGUAGUGGCUGGUGAUCUUCCCGGUAUUCGUGUUGCUGUUCACAGUGAACAUCAGCGAAAGGCCUACAGGAGUCCCCAGUGGUGUGAGGACAGCCUAGACAGUAACCCAAAGGAUGGCACUUUUGAGAAUUUGAACUUUGUCUUUUUCUUUAAACUCGUGACAUGUUCUGUUGAUACCCUAAGAUUUCUUAUCACCCAGAAUGCUGAUGCAGCCACGCCUGCCAAUUUUUUCCGUGGUAUUCGUCAGUUGAUGUCGGUUGAUCAACGGCUUGUGUUGUCGACGAUUUCCUAUAUGGAAUUCACCAAGCAGAUGAUACGAGCUCUGGAUACGCAUUCGCUAUCAGUAGUGUUCUCGUGUGUCAUGCAGAUGGCGCUUGAUCCUCUUAUUUUUAGUCAGUUUGAGCACCAAGAUCCUGGGGUAUGUCGUGCAAUAAAGGAGAAAAUAAUAAUCGUUGUGGAUGAGAUUGUAAAUCUCAUUGUUCGAAUGGCUCAUUCCAAACAAAACCUAUCCAUCGUUGAUUAUCCACCUAUAGCUGGGUUUUCUGUUGGAAAGAGAUUGCAGUUUAUCAUAGAUGCCGCCAUUUCCAGCCCUUCUUGGGCCGGUUGUAUUGUUAGAUAUCUCCAUGCAGUUUCUAUCAGUUAUGGUGAAGAAAAGUCUGGUGAGAUCAUAUGUCGAUUCAUUGUAGGAUGUCAUGCAGAACAGUGUCUUUCUGCUCUGUGUGCGUUGCUUUCUACUGUUGUUCCAUACUACCCAAAUGUGAUGUUGUCUGCAUACAGUUCUCUUGUUAACGUCAUGAGAACCGUUGAUCAAGAAAAGAAGUUAGGAAGAAGUUCGGUACUUCGUGUUCUCAGCAAUCUACGUGUUCUUCUUACAUGGGAAACGACAGCAGACGAUUCUUUAUAUAUGAAGUACUUCAGGCUCUAUCCUGAUGUUGCACUUGGAGAACUUUAUACUUCGCUACUUUAUGUUGUACUUUGCGACGCUGAAGAAAGCAUCGAGAACGAUCAUGCUGAAGUGGUAUUGGAUCUGGUUUUGGCAGUUUCUCGUUUGAUUGACGCCACAGCGCCAUGUAUGAAUCAAGUUAAAGAGAGUGGUCCGCAUCGAUUGGUAAAAAUGCAAAUUCGCCAUGCCUACAAACUUACACUUCAAUUAGCAGCACUUCAGCGAAUAGCACUCUCAAUGGUGUGCCGGGAACAAGAUGCGGCGAUUUCGGUGUUCGAAGAAUAUCGUAGGGCCAUAUUUGGCUUUAUUCAUCAACGAGUUAAUCCUUCUUUACGAGGCUACGAGAAGCUCUUUUUGCUUUCGUUCCUGACCAGUUGUCUUCAGGACGCGAGUGCAUUAUUCGGAGAUUCCAACGAUCUCGUUGCCUGGAAGCACGAGUCAGUAGAACGUGCCAGUAAACUUGCAGAGAUUCAGAAAAUCCAGGAAGAGUCGUUCUUGAAUGCAAUCCAGUCUAUGUCAGUCGACAAAAACGCAAAUCAGUUGGCUCACUCUGGAACGAUUGGUAAAGGCGCACGUCAUCUACGGAAAGUUGACCUUCCCAGUGUAUGUGAUGGUCUCAUGUUCAUUUAG